UGCGUCGAACCGAGCGACACCGGAUCGUUGCAAAGCUAUUCAGAAACAGUGGAAACAUGUUGCUGCGGGGGGAAAUGUUGUGAGUUUUUUUUUUUUUUUUUUGACGCGUUCAAACCACGGAGGCUUUGUGGUGGACGCGGUGAAGUAGUCGCUGUAAAAAAAAAAGGGGGACAAUUUGUGCAAAGAUGUUUGCCAAACCGUUUCGUGUCAAAUCCAACACUGUACUCAAAGGAUCAGAGAGGAGGAAGCUGAAAGCUGACCUGUCAGCGGCGUUUCCGUCACUCUCUGCUGCCGACCUGUCUGAGCUCGCCCCCAAUAAAGAAGAGAUCAACGUUGUGAGGAUUUAUGCACACAAAGGAGAAUCUGUGACCCUUUAUGUUCUUCACAAAAACCCUCUCUUCUUUGAGCUGGAGAAACGACUUUACCCUACAGUGUACGUGCUUUGGCGAUACCCCGCUCUCCUGCCAGUGUUUAGAACAUGGGCCCCUGUGCUUCAGAAGUUGAUCGGCGGGGCCGAUCUCAUGCUGCCAGGUGUGGUGAUGCCUUCAUGCGGGCUCCCAGAUGUGAAACAAGGGUCCUGCUGUGCUGUUGCAAUUGUGAAUAAUAGGGCUCCUGUUGCCGUUGGCAAAGCAGCUUCGUCAAGCGCAGAGAUGCUGAGCUCGGGUAUGAAAGGGAGAGGAGUGUGUGUUCUCCACACGUACAUGGAUUACCUCUGGGCAUUUGGAGAUAAAUCAACUCCUCCCUCUUUACCGGAUGACGUUGACGAAGCAGAGGAUGCAAACGGAGAGGAAUGUGAAGUCAGUCAGGAAGAGGAAUAUAGAGAGGAUGAUGUUGGGAAGCGUGUGGAGGAGCAGCAGAGCUCUGGGGAAACCAUCACAGGUCAAGUCGUGGCUUGUCGCGGCUUUGAGGAGCUGAGUCUCACUGAGAAGGAGGAAGACAAAGUGGACAGCAGCAACGGAAACGGAGAGGAGAACCACGACGAGCCGAAAACCCCACAAGAGGAAAUGGAUGCCCUGCUGCUGCAGUGCUUCCUGCAUGCUCUGAAGCGCAAGGUCAAGAAGGCGGAUCUUCCUCUGCUGACCAGUACAUUUCUCCGCAACCACAUGUUCACCUGCUGCCCGAGCGGAAAGCAACUUGAUAUCAAGAAAUCCAGUUAUAAAAAGCUGUCCAAAUUUCUACAAGUCAUGCAGCAGCAGCAUAAUCUUGUUCAAGUGAAAGAGCUCUCCAAGGGCGUGGAGAGCAUCGUGGAGGUGGACUGGAAAAAUCCACAACUGAGGUCCUUCAGCGUUCCAGAGGAGGCAGGUGUUGAAGAAGCGGUGGUGCAGAGUGGCGGAGAAGGAGAAGCCCAGUACCAGCCGCCAGAGAUCACGACUCUGUACUCGGUCUCUGCUCGUUUGGAGCCACUGUUUCUGGACGCAAAUAAGAGGAAAGGAACAACGAUGCAUCCUGCUGAAGUCAGAAGCAUAAUCACUGAAUAUGUGAAGAGAAACGAGCUGGUGAAUGAAAAUAAUAAGAAUUACGUGAAUAUAAACCCGACUCUGUGUGACUGCUUACUGGAGAAAUCAGAAUACCAGGAGGUAGAGUCUCUCAAAUGGGACGACCUUUUUAGCAGAACAUUGGAAAGAAUGCAAGAGUGCUAUCAGGUUAUGUUCCCGGGACAAGCAGCGAUUGUAAAGAAGGGUCACAUUGAGCCAAUAGACAUCUCUGUGGCUUCUCGAGGCUCUAACAAGAAGGUGACUCUGAUAAAGAAUUUGGAGGUGUACGGUUUGGAUCCUGCAGCAGUUGCGUCUGCUCUGCAGCACAGAGUCCAAGCCAGCUCUGUCUUACAGCUCCUCCCUGGAGCUAAAGACAGAGUCCAGGUCCAGGUUCAGGGUAACCAGGUUCAUCAGGCCGGAAAUUUGCUGCUUGAUCAUUAUCAAAUUCCCCGCAAGUACAUCCAGGGACUGGACAAAGCUCCCAAAAGUGGGAAAAAGAAGUAGCAUUCAAUUUUUCUGUGGCAGCUUUUUAUUGUGAUCAAAGCUGUAUUAUCAUGUGAAGUGUUUGGUUGCCCAUGCUUUAAUAAACUGCAUCCACUACCACA